ACUGAAAUCCCUAACCACCAAAAUGGCGUCGCGUCGGCUCCUUUCCCCUCUUCUCCGAUCAAUCUCAAACUUCAACUCCACCCUAUCAUCCCCAUCGCAAUCGCCGUACGCCCAAAUGCUCCGGGAUACUCUUCACAGUGGCCACCUCCAUACCGCUUCUUCUAUUUCCAUUAAUUCACAGGUGCCUGCUUUGUUUGGCCGUAUCACAUCUGGUGUACGAUACCAAGCUACUGCAGCUACUUCUCUUGGAGGGUUUAGGACAACCUACCAGCGUUCUGUCUCUUCUGCCCAUGCUAUUUAUGUGCCUUCUGUCCAACAGACUCUUGCAACUAGAACUAAGGUUGUUGACUUUCUUGCUCCAUACCAAAGAGGAGGAAACAAUGGGUUCUUUGUUGGGGCCAGUGUAGGGAAAAACUAUGCUUACUAUUCAGCUCAACCUGGUGGCAAAAGUGGAGGAUUUAAAAAACGGCGCAAGGGAAGAAUGCAUGGACUAUCCUGUCGAGGUAAUCGUAUCAGCUUUGGUAAGUAUGGUCUUCAAGCGCUUGAACCUGCUUGGAUCACCGCUAGGCAAAUAGAAGCAGGACGGAGAGCAAUGUCACGAAAUGCACGUAAUGGAGGGAAAAUAUGGGUACGAGUAAUUUCAGACAAACCAGUUACAGCAAAGCCUACAGAAGUACGUAUGGGCAAGGGAAAAGGAAAUGUCUCGCAUAUGGUAGCUGUUGUUUUACCAGGCAGAAUACUUUAUGAAGUAAGCGGAGUAGCAGAAAAUGUAGCCAGAAAGGCUAUUACAAUAGCUGGAUCUAAAAUGCCAAUAAAAACAAAAUUCGUUGUCUCAGGGUAGGAAUGUAGGACCAAUGGAAGAGUAUUUGGACAUGAAAAGCAAUUGCAGGUUUCACUUUUCU